AUGAGACCAAGAUCAAAACCAUUACCUGGAAGACUUCCACCACUACCAAUAGCAGACGUAUCUCCAAUAUCUGGAAGAUCUGGAAAGUCAGAUACAGCGGCUCCUGCUGUGAGAAUUGGAUCAAAAAUAAAACAUAAUAGAUUAAGAAAAACUUCGUCUUGUGAUAGAAACAAUUUAAGGAAUAGUGGACAAGAAGAGGUGAAGAAAAAUAGAAAAAAGGGAAGUAAGGAGAGAAAAAGUGGGAGUGAACACGAAAGAGUAAGAAAAGUGAAAUCAAGAGAAUCAGCUGAGAAAUCAAAAGAUUACGAUGGAGUGGUAACAAGUCCAUAUGACAAAGUGGCAUUGUCUGAAUUCGAGAAGAAAUACAAAAAUGAUUAUGAAGAAAUGAGAAAAGGGAAAAAGGAUGAGAAGAAGGAAUUGAGACAAUCACAAAUUGGAAGUGUUUUUGAACCGAUUAUGGGUCCGACUGCACCGGCGAGAAGUGGAGCGAAUGGAGUGAAGAAUAAGAUGAAAUGGAAGAUUGAUGUGGAUCCAAUUGAGCUUAGAGGAGAACAGAAGAUGGCAGAAAUACUUGAAAAAUUAAAAGAGUUAAGAAAAUCAUCGGGAUCUAAACCAUGUAAAGUACUGAAAGCAAAUGAACAAAUGUUGUCGAGUAGUGAUGACGAACCAACUGAAGAAUUGAUUCAUAUGAGUGCUCGUAUCCUUCAACUCGUUAAAAUGGAUCUGCUUAUCUCAAAAGAAAUAUCAAAAGAAGAACAAGAAUAUUUGAAAAGUUAUUGUAGAUGUGGAGACCAUAAAGAACGAGUUGAGCCGAUAUUUGAGACGAUUGCAUGCUCGAUUUUAGAGAAAGUUGCAUCUAAAAAUGAAUUCAUUCGACAUGUUUCGAUUCCAGGGCAGCUGAGAAUUUUUGCAGUGGAUGAGAAGAAAUCGAAAUAUCCAAUAAUGUCUUUGAUGAUUAUCCGUAAAGAUCUAUUUUAUUACUCGUGGAAUCGCCAAACAUCUCCUGAAGACGACGAACAAUUAGAUCCAACAUGGAAUAGUAUGACAGUCAAAGGUUAUACAGGAAUCGGAUUCGUUUCAAGUUCUCAUCUCCCGCCGCAACCUGCUCCUAUCAAAAGUGCUCAUUUCCAGCUAUACUGA